AUGGAUGGGCGUCGACAAACACGUACUGGUCGUAUCGUACAAUUUGCUACCAGCGUAACCCCAGAAUUUGACAACGAAAUUAGAAAAUUAGCUCGCGAAACCCAAAUUCACUUACUUACUCAAAAAGAAGGCAUUUCGCAACAAAAACUUUUUGAAAGGUCUUUGAAAUUGUAUCAAAAAGAACAAGCAACGAAAAAAGAGUUCAUUUCCCAAAUUAAAAAUGAUCUUUUAUCACAAUUAGACUUACAAGCUGAGGAAUUAAAGGCUAUUUUGCGAGUGAUCGAAGAGGGUGAUGAAAAUUUAAGUCUUAAAGAUUAUGAUCAUAAUAUUUACCGCAAAAUUUUACAAUACAUUAAAUUGCGGGAAAAGGAAGAAGAAGUAGUAAGGAAUAAGUCGCAACAAAUUAGUCGCUUAAAAAAACAGUUAAAAAAAUAUGGAAUAAACGAUAAAAAAAUAACUCCGCAAGAUGUUGAAAAGUGA